AUGGCUAUUCCCCGAUGGUUUUUUCCAAAGUCUAUUCGACCGAGUCGACACAUUUUUAGCGAUCCAAAGAUUCUAAGCCCUGUGCGAGGACGUGUACUGAACGUUGGUCUGUUGUUUGCCUAUGAUAUUCCGGGCAUGGAAGUUACGAUUGGUUAUAGAACUUCAGCUUCGGCUGUACUCAUUGCAAGAGAUCGAGUUAAAAACGAAAAUCUUUUGCCCGGAUAUGAUUUCAAUUUUACUGUUCGAUUUGACCAAUGCACUGAGAUAUUGGCUGCUGGUUAUACUUUGGAAUUAAUUCGAGAUUUGAAUAUGGACGCUAUUAUUGGACCUACAUGUAGUUAUCCGGCAAUCGUUGGAGCGUUGAAUGCAGCGUACUAUAACAUUCCUACUUUCCUUUGGGGUUUGACAACUUCUUCUGUGCUGGAUAGCAGAGAUCGAUUCCCAACAACUGCCUUACUGGCUGUCAACUCUUUCAGCCUUGGAAUAGCAAUUCGAUGUGUGAUGAGAUCAUUUGCAUGGGAUCAAUUUGCUUACGUCUAUUCAAAUGUUGGUGACCUGGAAAUGUGCGAGGUUAUGAAGAGUGACAUUCAGACCGCUAUUGGAAUGACAGAUGACGUAACGAUUUCUGCCCUCUAUUCGAUGAACGAUUUAUCACCAGAAACGGUAAUCCGAACUUUGACCAAUGUCAGCUCAAGAGCAAGAAUUGUUGUGGUCUGUCUAGCCGAGACGAUCGGACAGAAACGUACUUUUAUUCUGGCUGCGAAAGACGGCGGAUUUCUGACCGAUGAGUACGUCUACAUCUUUGCUGAUACGAAAUCAAAGGGAUACACUACACCCCUUAGCGGUGGACAGGAACGAGCAGCUUGGGUAGAUGUUAAGAGUACGAAUGAUGGUAGAGAUGAGGAAGCGAAGAAGGCAUUUGGUCGGACAUUGGCUCUCUCGGAUGUAAGAUUUACUACAUUCUUUUCACUCUUUCAGUUUUUUAGGCUGAUUAGAACAAAAACGCAAAUGGUUGCAGAGUAA